UUUAAAAUACAAGUUUAAGGUGUAUUAUUAUUUAACAAUGGCACUAAAAACAGCGCUAUGCUUGUUAGCUGAAGAUGCGGAGGAAAUGGAAGCAGUUGUAACAGUUGAUAUAUUACGACGUGCGAAGGUGGCAGUAACUAUUGCAAGUAUAACUGACAAAGAAUGUGUAAAAUGCAGUCGAGAUAUAAAAAUUUGUACAGAUACAAAUAUUGAAGAUAUUAAGGAUCAAAAAUUUGAUGCUGUAAUACUACCAGGUGGUGCAGGCUGGAAAAAUUUAGCUGCAUCUUCUAGAGUUGGUGACAUAUUGAAAAUACAUGAAUCAGAAAAUAGAAUUAUAGCUGCUAUAUGUGCUGCUCCUAAUGUUUUAAGAAUACAUGGAAUAGCAAAAGGAAAACAAAUUACUUCACAUCCGUCAGUAAAAUAUAAUCUGAAAGAUUAUUAUAAUUAUAAUGACAGUGAAGUAGUCGUUAUUGAUGAUAAUAUAAUAACAAGUAUGGGUCCUGCAUUUUCAUCUGAAUUUGGAUUAGCAAUUGUAGAAAAAUUAAUUGGUAAAGAUGCAGCAUAUACGGCAGCCACUGAUUUGCUAUUAAAAAAUUAUAAAUAAUUGUUUUAAAUAAAUUAUAUCUAA